AGAUUAUUUAUGUCUUCCUUACUGCUGAUUCUCAUGAAUGAAGAAGCUGAUUCCAUUGGAAGACUGGCACAUAAUCUGCGCUGCCGUUGCAUCAAUACAUCAUCUGUCUUUAUCCACCCAAAGUACAUGAAGAUGUUAGAAGUCAUCCCUUCUGGGCCACAUUGCGAGAACACUGAAAUCAUUGCUACAGUUUUAGAUGGAAGGCAAACCUGUUUGAAUCCAGAGACAAGAUGGAUGAAGAGAAUGCUGAACCGGAUUGAACAACGUCCCUGCACAGUUUGUCUCUUUACGCCACGUCACACCGAUCUGUACGGUCUGGAGAAGGGUGUCGGUUGA